AUGUCGACCUCAGCGCCUCCACCAUUAGAUUUGAAUAACAUCCAAGGCGAUAUCUUGGUUGGCAUAGCCAAGAAGACCGAAACUUACUAUUUCUUUCAGAUCGAUUCGUCUCGCGUCAAUGACUUCCGCAAGCAGUUGAGUCAGCUUGUGCCUCUUAUUUACACAUCUGCGAAGUCGCAGGAUGACAAAAAGAAGAUUGCCGACAGGAAGCGGACCGAUGCUGGACUGUUGAAGAUUGGCGGAGUGAAUAUCGUCUUCAGCAGGAAAGGACUGAACCUGCUUGGAAUCAAGGACAAUACUGGCGACACAGCAUUUGAAGCAGGCAUGCUUGCAGGAGCCAAGGACCUGCACGAUAACGGGACGACGACACCAGACAACAAAUUCGAUCCAGACUGGAUCCCAGCUUUCAAGAAGCAAAUUCAUGGCUUGGUUCUAGUAUCUGCCGAUAGUCAUCAAACGGUCGAUGAGUCCCUCCGUAAGGUUGAACAAAUUUUCAAAGUCGGAACACCAAACGCCACAAUUUACCAAGUGCUUCGUCUCGUUGGAGAUGUUCGGCCAGGAAAUGAGGCUGGUCAUGAACACUUUGGCUUCUUGGAUGGCGUGUCUCAACCAGCCGUCGAUGGUGUUGAUAAUCAUCUCCCCGGCCAGGACGUAGUCCGACAAGGCAUCAUCCUUGUAGGCCGUCAAGGUGACGUUACGACCACACGUCCAGCAUGGGCUCUGGACGGAAGCUUCCUUGCCUUCCGAUAUCUUCCACAGCUUGUGCCCGAAUUCAACGCCUUCCUCAAGGCCAACCCCGUACCCGGUGUACUCCCUCCCGACUUCGCAAGCGAUUUAGCUGGGGCUCGCCUUGUUGGACGUUGGAAGAGUGGCGCACCCAUCGACAUUGCUUUUGCAGCUGACAACCCAACCUUGGGAGCCGACAAACAGAAUAACGACCUUUUCCGCUACAACUUCGAUUUUGAUCAAGACAUCCAAAGCCAAGCACGUUGUCCCUUUGCUGCGCACACUCGCAAGACAAACCCGCGUGCCGACCUAGAUCAGUUUGGAGGCACCGAGCUAAAGCGCAUACUACGUCGUGGGAUCCAAUUUGGGCCUGAGCUUACAGCAGAGGAGAUCAGCCUUGGUCGAACACAAAAAGAUAGGGGCCUGCUGUUUGCGGCAUAUCAGAGUAACAUUCCCAACGGAUUCCAAUUCAUCCAGCAAAGCUGGGCCAACAACGUCACCUUUCCUCCUGGUAAGAAAGAUCAAAAGACUGGCGGCACCAUCCAAGCCGGCUUCGACCCAAUCAUCGGCCAAGCAGGUCCCGGGUUGCCAAGGACAAUGAACGGAUUCGACCCUAAGGCUCAAUCCACCAAUCUAAGUCUGACUGCCGAAUGGGUUUUGUCUAAAGGAGGCGAGUACUUCUUCAGCCCGUCGCUUCCAACCCUGAAGAAUGUAUUCGCUUUGCCCGCUGACCAGCGUGAACUGUGA